AUGCAUGGGUGGAAGGAAAAGUUUUUAUCUCAGGCAGGCAAUGAAGUGUUGCUUAAGGCGGUGAUCCAAGCAAUCCCCACAUACACCAUGAGUGUUUUCCAACUGCCUAAAGCUGUAUGCAAGGAGAUAAAUUCUAUGAUGUCACAGUUUUGGUGGGGUCACAAGGAAAAUGAUUCCAAAAUGGCGUGGAUGAGUUGGGAAAAGCUGGGCAUAGCAAAAGCGAAGGGUGGAAUGGGAUAUAGGGACCUGGAGAGUUUUAAUAUGGCCCUACUAGCUAAGCAGGGGUGGAGGCUUUUGCAAUACCCCGAUUCUCUAGUGGCUAAGGUAUUCCAACAGAAGUAUUAUCCACAGGGUACCUUCUUAAAUGUGCAACUGGGGAGGAGUCCUUUCACAUGGCGUAGUAUUUGGAAUGCUCGGGCCCUUCUAAAUGAAGGCCUAAUCUAG